AUGCCGUCCCAUCUAGGAGUACAAAAGGAGGAGCAGCUAGGCAGGCUACAACUUCGGCAUCGGUCGGCGCUGGCUAAUCUGGCAGCAGCUGGCUACAUGUUCCAACCCACCGGCCGUGAGCUCGUCGGCCACUACCUCAUCCCCAGGGCGGGGCUCGGCGGCUUCUUCCUCCCCGGCGUCAUCGAGGAGGGCGUGGACGUCUUGUCCUUGCGGCCACGCGCGCUCUCCUUCCCGGAAAACCACAAGAGGGAUUACAGCGAGGUAUGGGGCUUCUUCUUCACGGCAAAGCUCGCCGGCGAGACAUGCCCGACGCCGGGCGCGGGCAGGUGCUGGGUGCAGUACGGCCAGGAGAAGGCGUACUACGGCGGCGAGGGCGGCCGGGAGGAAGUGGCGUUCCGGCACAGGUUCGCGUACCGCUACACAUGGAGGGACGGGGAGGUAAUGUCGCAGACCCGCUGGCGAAUGAAGGAGUACCGGCUCAAUAGGAACGCGGCCGCCUUCCGCCGCGCGCACCCGAGCGCCGUGCCGGCGGACGUCGUUUUCGUGGUCCACAAGGUCUACAGGAAGCCGCUGAUCCCUCGGUCGCCGCCACCGCCGGUCGACAGCAGCUCCAGCAAGGACGAGGGCUUCGAGAGCUACAUCUUGUACCCGCGACUCGAUGAGCUCAUGCGGAGGUUAACGGAGGGGAACUAGGGCGACCAAGGGGCGGUGCUGCUCCUCCUGCAGGAGUAGCAUUAUGCCACAGCUGCAUGUUGAUUUCUUCAGCGUUGUUGUUGUGUGUGUCUUGUUUCAUUUCAGUUCUGGAUUGUGCGCUCGAUCGUAGAUUGGUUGGCUCGUGUCAUUUGAAGUACAACUGUAUCGACCUCCCUUGCAGCAUAUGUCUGAAC